AUGCUCAAAGAGUCAGCUGGUAACAUUCAGGAAACCAAGGAAGUGGUGCACGAGACAAGAGGUAAGGCCUAUGGUGCUGGAGCAGAUAUAGUGAAGCAAGAGGAGGCUACUGGAGAUCACAUUUUAGUUUGUAAUGGAAGAGAAACGAGAGGAAGUGCAUCUCAGACGAGGAACAAAACUAUAGCCACUGGUUCUAAUCAGAAAACUGCAGCAUCCAGUGAUCCAAAUAUUCCUCUACGUAAAGAGAUGAAAGAUAACAUCUCAAAGGUUCUUAAUAGAGUAGCAGUUGGAGAUGGCACGCAGGAAACUGGGAAAACACCGGUGAAUGUGAUCACUCUCGCAGGUGAUAAUAGAGGAGCAUCUAUGCAACUUGGUUCCGACUCAUCCACGAAAGGAGGGCGAAUCCACAUUCAUAGAGGAUACAAAAUCAACCCUGAUGAAAGUGCUGAUACAACUACAGAUGGGGAGGGAAGUUCAAAGAGAAGAAGAUCAAAAGAUGCAAAGGCUAUGGAGGAUCAAACGGUAGCUGCGUACGUGAAUUGCAAUGCACAGGGCGUCAACAACUCUAUUUCAUUUAACAGUUCCAUUACACAAAGAAAUCCAGGUGUACAUAUGUCGAUCCCACGUAUGCCUUCAGAACCUGUACAUUCAGGUGAGGAAACAGGACAAUUUGAGGCACACAAGGCAGAAUCCAUUGUUACACCUGCCAGAACAAUCAGAAGAAGAUGUCUCAAAGGCCUUUUCCUUGAAUCAAGUGAUUCUGAUCCAGAUAAACCUGAAAAACCUCGGCGACAUGGUUGUCGUGUUGGCUGCAAUGAGAAGAAGAAAAUAACAAGAUAA